GCUCAUUGGUGGAUGGCUGGCUGUGAUCGAUCCCGGGAAUUUCAUGGUCAAUGUUUUGUGACGGCGUCGAAAAGAAAUUUUUUUAUUGUUUGUUGAUUGAAAAAGUUGAGGAAUAUGGCCGGAUAUGAUACACAUAAUGAUGGACCUGGAUUUGUGGGGAUCAGGUUCUGUCAGGAGUGCAAUAAUAUGUUGUACCCGAAGGAGGACAAGGAGAAUAAGGUUCUCAUGUAUGCUUGCAGAAAUUGUGACUACAAACAACUUGCUGACAGCAACUGCAUUUAUGUCAACAAAAUUAUGCACGAGAUUGAUGAAUUGACUCAUAUUGUGGCUGAUGUUAUAUCUGAUCCAACACUCCCAAGGACUGAGGAGCAUCCUUGUCCCAAGUGUAAUCACCGAGAGGCUGUAUUUUUCCAGGCCCAAACCCGAAGAGCGGAAGAGGAAAUGAGACUCUACUACGUCUGCACCUCGGUCCACUGCUCUCAUCGUUGGACUGAAUAGAAAAUUUUCAAUCUCCUUUUGAUAUUUAAUGACUACCUAAUUAAUAUUUUAAUAGUUUAAAUGUUCCUGUAAAUAACGACGAAAUAAAUUUCUAUCAAUUUAUAA